AUGUUCAAAUUAGAAUCCUAUAUAACUCCGAUUCUGUUGAGUUAUGUCAAUCGAUAUAUAAGUAAUUUCAAACUAGAAGAUUCCCAGGUAUCCUUGUGGGGUGGUGAUGCAUCUUUUCACAAUCUAGAGCUAAAUUUACAAGUUUUAGAACAGGAACUUCAGCUACCAUUUAGUUUCGUGUCUGGCAGCAUAAGAGAACUCUUGAUACAUGUACCAUGGACGAAGUUAGCGUCCGAACCUAUUACAAUUACCAUAAAUACCAUAGAAUGUAUUCUGAAUUUGAAAGGAAGGGAUAGUACUUCAAGAGCAGAAAGUUCUCAGUUGAGAGAGAAGAUAAAGAAACCAACUAGUCAUGGAAAAGAAGUCGAAGCACCGCAAGGUUACGUGCAACAUCUCAUCAAUAAAAUAGUGAGCAAUAUCAGAAUUUACUGUAACAAUGUAAUUCUCAAAUAUGUUGAAGAAGAUAUAGUACUAUCUAUGAAUAUCAAACUCUUGAAAUUUGAGUCUGCAAAUAGUAAAUGGGAAUCUGCAUAUACAGAUCUCUCUCCGGCAGAGGUGAUUCUUCGAAAAGUUAUCACCGUGAAUGAUUUGACUCUUUGUCUAGAUAAACGGAAUGCCUCAGGAAAAAUUGAGGUUUAUCAAGAGCCCAUGCUAUACAGAUGUUCAAUGACUAUGCAUUUACUCAAACAUUAUCAUUCUGCUACAGCAAGUCGUGCAUCAACUACUAGGCUUGAUAUUUACUGCAACAAUAUGGAAUUUAGUAUGACAGAACAGCAAGUACCAAUGUUAAUCCGUCUCUUGAUGCUGUUGUAUGCUCUACAGCAAAGGCAAUUGAAACCUGAACGUGGUGUUUCUCAUGAUAGUACCAAUACCACAACUGAACCAAGAGAAAAUCAAGAAAAUGCAGAAUCUUGGACUGGCUGGGCGUGGUCUUAUGUUUCUUCAGUAUUACCUGCACCCUGGGAUGAGGAAUGGAAUGACGAACAAUUAGAACAUCACAAAGGGCACACUCUUCAUUUCGGAUUCUAUGUUGACAAUCUCUCCAUUACUUUCAAGGUUUCCGAAAUUAGUUCUGAGCGCAGCAGCUACUAUACUCACAAAAAAUUGCGCUAUAUGCCAAUGCUUUGUUUACAACUUCAAGGAAUCUAUUCUGAAACUCUUAUUCAUGGCUUGAAAUGGUUCAACUGUACAGGAGGAGUUAGCGAAGCUAUUUUAUUGCCGAUAGGAUUGUGUAGCUGUUCUCAUAUAGAAAUUGUAGAUGAUAUCAACCCUAUACAUUAUUUGAAAAUAGGUUCGGUAACAAGUUCACACAAAACAGACUGUCUUUUUGAUGCGGAAGCCAUUGAGAAUAAAGGAAAACGAAGGCAAUAUAAUACUUCCUGGGACUACCACAUGACAGUUUUCACAGAAUCUGUUCUCUUAGAACGCACACCUGCUUUUGCCUUUGAUUACCUUUAUCACAUGGAGGUACCAAGUGAUGUUUCUAGCGAUAAAUUAUCAGAUAUGGGUAGUAAUUAUGAAUUCAGUAAUCUGUCAGAAAGGUCCUGUAUCAGAAAUUGCUUUGGGCCAUUCAAACUACGUUUGUGCUCUGGAUUCUUCCACAGAAUGAGUUCCUUGCAAGUAGCAGCUUCUUACUAUGAUUAUCCUCCUUACUAUACUCUAAAACCUGACUUACCAUUACAAGAUCUGUUACCACCUUCUGAAGAAGAUUUUGAUGCUCUCAGUGAAUUUAUACCUAGUAGAAGUAUGAGGGUUACAUUCUUUGCUCCAAUUAUUGAACUGGAGCUCAUGGAUCAUCCAUUUUUUCAACCUCAUAAAGGAUUGUUAUUCAGAAAAAGAAAGAAGAUGUCAAGUUCUGCUACAAAUGAAUCUCCAGUUGACUUACCGAAACUUACUUUAGAAUGUCAGUUUCUUGACAUUAGUAUUAAUUACCCGAUGUAUGUCAACCGUCUUGUUCAUACAACUUGUCAACUACCAGAUCCCCCUAAACAACUAUUUGAUGCCUGCUUCUCCAAACAAGAUAUAAAAAUUUUGGGGGUUUGUAGUCGGUUAGUUCUCAAUUCCCAACGCCAUACAACAAUACUGACACCGUCCAGCAUGUCAUACUCGAACAGGAGUAUCUUGAAGCCUCAAUAUUGGACGAAUCCGGACAUUCCACACGACGAAACAACGUUCGAGUCUGAAAGUAUAACUUUGAAUGGCACCAAUGCCAAAAUGAUGGUAAUUGUAUACAUUAUCGGAAAGUUGAUGAAAAUGGACUCAGAGGGAGCAGUAAACAUUAUGAAUAAUACUUCUAUAUUGUCGGAUGCUUCUAUAGAUUACGGUUUACCAUACAUGGAAUUAUGCGUAGAGGGUAUUCGUUUCAAGAAGGUAAUAACAAAUGCAACAGUUUCCAUGGACGUGAGUCUUGGAUCUAUAAAGGCUUUUAUUUUUGAACCCGUUGAUGUUAUGAAUAGCAGUAAAUCACCCUCCAAAGACAUUCAGCAAGUAUUAUUUAUAUCGGGACCAGAACCUAAAAGUUCCACAGAAACCAAAUCUGACACGAUGUCUGAAGAACAACCUCUCUUCACCGUAUCUCUUCAAUAUCCCAUAAACCCCGAUGUGCAGAAACAUCCUCCAAUUCUAUUGUUCAACCUCCAAGAAAUUAGAAUUUGUGUAGAUCCCCUUCUGUGUAGAUGGUUGCUUUACACACCAAAGCAAUUUAAACCCAAAGUUGACCAAAUAGAUUCUUCGUAUCAUAAAAACAAAAACUAUUCUGAAGCGAGCGGUAGUGCCGUAGAAACUCCACGACGAGUGAGCAGUCAACUAGAAUCCAUACACAGUAGUUCGGAUAGAGAACUACCUUUAUCUAAAAAAGUUGAAGUAUUGAAAGAGGAAUCUGUCGAUUUACAAGAAAAGGUUUAUAAUCUGCUGAAAAGAUGGUUUGAUGUUUGGAAGGGAAUGUACCUUCACGGAGAUAUAUCACAGUGUACUAUUUACUUUCCUAUGGUUUCUUUGUCGGCUGUAGGAUCACAAGGAAUACAGGAGGCUGUAGACGCAGCUGUGAACAAAGAACAUCCUCCAGAUAUAAUGGUUAUAACAUUACCUUUUGCCAAUAUUCGCAGCGCUCAUAAACAUAAUAUAACGAAAUAUUUGAAAACACUUCCUGUCACUUUACCGGAAAGCAUUUGGUCUCCAAGUAAAUCUAGUUUUCCUUGGACUAUUUCUAUAUCUGAUUUGAGCUGUUUCACCAUACAAUAUGGAAAUAAAUUAAUAUUUUUGAAACCUGUGUCACUGAGUGCAACAGUUGGUUUAUCUACGAGGCCUUCCAAGGUGGAAAACGAAGGAUUAGCAGGUAGUUCAAAGACGGAUAUAGCUUAUCUGGGUAUUUGUGUGCAUAUCGAUAUGACUCCUAUAUUGAUAUCCACUUCAGAAGUUCAAGUAUAUCUUUUCGCAAGUAUUUUGUAUGGCCUGAUGGAGGUGGCUACCAACCUGAUGCCAGAAAAAAAUAAACUGAUGUCUAAGACUUCAGAUGUGAUUCCUCCCAUUUUGAAUAAGAAUAGCUCAACGUUGUCGCCAACAGUUAUCAGAGAAACUACAUUGGAUUCAAUAAGUGAACAAACUCCUCCAAACAGUUUCAUUCAAGGAGAAGGUGUAGAUGAUAGCGUGAAGCUUACUGCUUGGGUGCAGUGGACUAUCACAAGGUUUACGAUAGAGUUAUUAUCGAGUGAAUAUAAAAAUAAAGCAGAGGAAGAAUUAGAGUCUCUGCAGCCAAGAUUGAAACUUGUGGUAGAUGCAGAGGAUAUAGUGAGUUCUUUGGAUUUUCAAAGCAUCUAUCUGAAAAUUAAAAGUAAAAUCGGGUCGAUGUCUGUACAACAUUACAAGAGGUUAAAUCCUAGUUCAAAGUGGAAACCUGGUGCAUUUCUGGGAAUUGUGAUGAGACUUCAAGAAGAUGCUGGGUCCAGCCAACACCACGAAGAUCAUGGUUUCAUAAACAUCACGAUAACUAGGGCAAGCUGUCAACAUACUCAUACGUUAUGGGGUGCAGUGCAAAAACAUCACAAACAGAAAAAAAGCGAAAUUCCAAACCCUCAGUUAUUAUCUCAGUCCCGCUAUAUCACCGAAAUUGUGGUCAACAUACAACCAAUAGAUUUUAUAAUAUCCCCCAGUACAUUGCGCAGCUUCUACUUGGUGAUUGUGCCACUGCUCCAAAUUCCCAUAAAUGAAGAGCCCAAAAUUUCCAGCUCCAAUACCACUCUGAAUUUCAAUAAUCAAAAUCUGCCAUUGGCAUAUUUGGAAUGCCAAGAUAUAAGGAUAGUCAUGCCUUCCGUUGAGCUAGGAAACUCUGGAGCCGUACAUGAUGUUAUUGUUUUUCAAGUGCAGAAGAUUUGUUUGACUCCAUCCGCUGUCAAUCCUAUUUGUAGAUCGCCUAUAAGGCCAGAUAUUUAUGAACAAGCUGCUCAUGCUAGGAUUUUGAAUAUACCAGGUAGUGAAGUAGAAGACAGGCAAUACCAACUUGAUCUAAUUGGUAUUUCGGUUUGUACAAGUACCUGGAAUGAUAUAGUAUCGAUAUUCAGUCCUUUGGAUACGUCUAAUUUGAAAAGCAUCAGUGAGAAUCCAGCGUUGGAAUGGAAUAAUCUGGAACAUGGUCAACCUAACUUAAAUCCAGUCUUGAACUUAUGGCACAUCACUGAAAAAUUUGACAUAUCGAUCAUUGCAGCUCCGGCUAUGGUUUACAAAGAAACCCAUGUCAUUUGCGGUCAUUCUAUAGAAGUAAACUUCAUUACAGAUAUUAUAACUAACUUAUCGUUACAUCAAAUAAAGCUAGUUUCGGCUUUGUACGGCGAGUUUGUUAUGUUAGUGGAACCGCCAAUUCUUGACAAUGGCUCUUUGAAGAGACCGAGUGUCAAAUUUCCUUACUCUAGAUUUGAUGUGCCUUUCGAAUUGGGAGAAGUAGAACCUCUAGAACUGUUGCGUGAUUCUGGAAUUGAAACCUCUGAUAUGAAAAGCCUAAUGUCGUCCAAGUUUGCGAAAACACAUAUUGAAGUUGAGAAACGUGUCUUUCCAAAGCUUCCAAGUCCUCUUCCUCAAACUUCUGUCUCAAUUCCAUUCGAUGUACUGAUUACUGCCGGUAAAAUUGGGCUGGCUGUGUAUCAGUACGAUAACACCAGUAUGACAUCAGUUUCACUUUCUAAGCAGAAAGGAAAAAAAAAGAAAAUACCCAAAAUAAAUAAAGCUGAUUUGGGCUAUGAGGCAGAAGAAGAAAGUUUGGACGAAAAGAGUGAAUCACACAAGAAGUACAUUCCUUUAAUUCAUUUCUAUAUCAACCAGCCCAAUGCCUUCAUUUCAUUGCAUCAACUUGCCAGAAGGUUCAACAUUUCCUGUUUUGAUCUGAAUUUGAAAUUGAGUGGACCAGAAUAUAUUCCUAUUGCCCGCAUUCCUACCGAAGAUGAUUUUCCCGUUAGUAUUUUGGAAACCAGGUCUGGCGAACCGGAUUCAAAUACAGGAAUAUUCCCAGCAUUCUUUAUCGUUACGUUUUCAAAGUGUCUAGGCAAAACUGCUACCCUGGACAUUGAAAUAUCAAAACCUACUAAGGUUUUGUUUUCUAUCGCUACUUGGGGAUACUUGAAUAACGUUAGAGAUAAGAUUAUGGAUGCAUUCAAGGGAACCCAGAAAAAUAUUAAUGUGGUCAAGGAAAGUGUAGCUAAAACUGAUGCCUUGCCAGUUAUAAAUUCACCCAUACCUUAUAUUAGGAGUAAAGUAGGGGACACUUAUAGUAAAUUUCAAGAAAUAAAGGAUAUUCUCAAGGGCACCAACAAUGUAAACCUCAAACUCAAUCAAAUAAUAUUUUCAGUGAAGUCAGAUUCAGGUCAUGAGGUGAACAUUGGAAUGGAAAAACUUGCAACCAUUUUGAUCCUAUCUAGCCGACCAGAGAAGCUUUCUAUAAACACAAAACUCAGUUGCUUAACCCUGACGGUGGUUAACGAAAAUUAUAGGAAGUUACUACUAAAUCCCUGGACAUUUUCAGUAGAUGUUUCGGUUUUCUGGGAAUCGUGGCAGAGUUUAGAUAGUAACCCACAGAUUCAGUUCAGUGCAGAAAGCGAUUGCAUCUCAUUAGAUAUCAGUCCAGAGCAAAUGCAAUGUGUGGCGAUGGUCGUUAAAGAUAUCAACGAGUUUACUUCAAGUUCACAGCUCCAAACAAGAAAAAACGAUGACUCGUUAUAUGAGCCGGUCCAAAGGAGGGGUUCAGAAAAAGAUCAGCAUUACAAAGACGAUCUUAGAGCUGGGGCAUUCCAAUUUGUUGAUGCAAACAAUGAGAAUUCAGAUGAGCAACCACUACCUUAUCAGGUUAUGUUUUGGAACAAGAAUAUUUCUGCUAUGGCGUGGCGCUAUCCUCAGCCUAGGGCUCUGACAAAAGUUCGGAUAUUUCCUGUACCCUAUAAAAUAUCCAUGGGCUUUGAUGAAGACCUCCAGGUACUCUGCUAUCUGGAAUACUGGUCAGAAUGCAGAAACUGCUUUCUCCCUUUUACACAGUUUCAUUUAUCUGAAAGUGAAAUUUGUCACUUGGCAUUACCUGAAGGAAGUCUACAACCUAUUGUAGCAGCAACUUGGAGAGUGGUUAAAUUUGGACCAAGUAUAGCUCACACUCUGGCCAUAGCAAGUCAAUUAUGGGACGAAACUUACAAAACAAAUGAUAAGGACAGAGAUUUUAUCAUAAUGACACGUUUUGUUAUUUGCAAUAACACAAAUUCGAACUUGAGAUUUGGACAAACAUCUACUGACGAAGACAUUCUGCUUUCGCCCAGACAAUUUCAUAUGUACAGUUGGAGGUCACAUAAGAAAAAGCAGCAGUUGAAGGUCGCCUUGGAGGAAAACGAGUGGGUGUGGUCUAAUUCUUUCACAAUUUUCGAGGAUGGUAUGCAAACAAUACAAUUCAAUUCGGAAAAAAAUGUUUCCAUGUUCAUUAAUGUUGAAGAAUUAUCAGCUACUCAAAAAAAGGUGACAAUUUCUGGGCAAUUGGUUGUAAGUAAUAUGCUAAUGGAAAAUUUCGAAUUAAAAGUUAUGGAAGCUGUUACCGAAAACAAGGAAGCUGUGUUCAAGAACACACCCACUCAUAUAGUUUCGGGAAGAAAUUCUACUUGUUCUAUUUUUAUCAACAAUAAGAAGAAGUACUUCUUGCGAUUGCGAUUUUAUGGCCUUGAAUCAGCUUGGACUGGUGAUAUUCCAUUGAGAGAACAUUCAGCUGGGUCUCAACCAUGGCUAGUGAAAGUACCAUUGCAAGAACGAGGUCAGUUUUUGAGCAUUUGGUGUCGUAUCAUCGUACAAGACAUCAAAAAAACUAAGAGAAUGCUAGCUAUGCUCUGGCCUCUUUUCACCGUAAGAUCGAAUCUUCCUGUCAAUUCAAAAAUUCAUAUUGAAACCCCAACUCUGAAUGUCCAUCUUGAUUCCGUUGUGAAGGGCAAGGGAAUAUUGCAACAGCUGUAUUGUCCAGGAACUAUCGACCAUUCUCACCAAAUAACCUUUCAAAUUGACAACAAAGACUCAUCAUCAAAUCCGUAUGUUCCCCUCAACUAUAGUCUGGUGGAUCAGCAGAAGUUUUUCAAAAAGUCAGAAAAUGAAAACAUAGAUGGAAUAUUGGAAGUUUUGAGUAACUUCAAUGAUUCAAAAUGGCCAUAUUUCGGAGAAGAUUUAGAAGGUAUUGAUUGGGUGAUUGAAGAUCAACCUUUGACACAUGUUCAGGUUAAAUAUGGGAAUGCUUGUGAAUAUUCAUGUUCCUUGUUGGUAGAACUUCUGCCUUGGUGUCUCACUGUAAACAAUUUAGGAGUACCGAUAUCCAUUAUGCUGAAUGGUACUGAACUUUGUAGAAUACAGCAUCACGGGAUAGUGGCACCACCAAAAUUAGAGGAAAAUUUCAACCUAGGUAUAUGCACUGGGGGCUCUUGGUGCUUUUCUGAGCCUCUUCAGCUCGCCAAAUCUGAUUGGAGUCAAACCUUUUACAUGCCAAAGAUAACAGGUACCAUUCCUUUGGAAGGAUCAAUAAAGACAUCGGUUAAAUGUGAUCUUCAUAUUUGCAUGAUAUCAGUUACCAGCUCUAUUUUAAAUGAAAUCAGAUUGUUGAAGGUAUCUUCCACUCAUGUUCUGUCGAACCAUAUGUCCACCCAAGUCCAAGUUAUUUGCUUUGCAGUCCCAGAUAGAGAUGAUAUCUAUGAUUUUCCUAAGAAUAUAGAUCCCUAUUGCUUCACUGUAGCUCCACAUUCCCA